UUCGCGUUUGACGGGGUGCGGUAACAUUGUUUGUGUUGCAAAGCAAAGCAAAGUAAACAAAAAUUAGGCGAUUCGCAAGGCGCGCGUGAAAUGAAUUUGUGCGUUAAAAAAAACCCAUUUUUUAAGUGUUGACGAUGAUGAAACCCACAGAAAAUAUCAUAGAAAGUGGCUAAAUCGUAGCGUUCAUCGACUGUUGAUAAAUGUGUGUGCGAACUAGGCGCGCAAACCGCUGAAAAUACGCUAACAAACGGCAUCGGGCAAGCAGUGCGAAAACGCGAGAAAAAAAAUUGGGCGCCUUUUGUGAGAAGAUUGUGUGUCUUCACAAUUUCCGCUUCUUCUUCAGUGAAUUUAUUAACUUAACUUAUAAUUGGUGCAAUUAAAUAUUACUACAUAAAUAAACAUGCCGAUUUGCAAUCGGGAAGGCUUCGACCUGAAUCAGAAGGAGGGCAAAAACGAUACAUUAAACGAUAACGACUGGGUCUUCUGCUGCUACAUCAGCAAUCACAUUUUCCUCGACUAUGAAAACUACUUUCGCACCUGAUGGCCAUCAAUUCGACGGUGUGGCAAUGUGAAGCAACCGGCCGCGACUGUCUUACGUACGAAGAGGCGCAGAAAAGCGAACGCGCUGCCCUCAAGAAAAUGGAACAAUUCAAACAGAGCCUUCGCGCGCCCCUGCUGCUCGUGGUGGAACAUGCACGCCAGUCGGCGGCGAAGACACUCAAUCGGAUGGUGGCCAAAUUCCAACGCCUCCUAUGUGGUGGUGGCCAUACAGCCAGGCAAGGGUAAGCCGCUGCCCAGCAAUGACAUCUACGAGGACACGGACGCGCUGCAGUAUCGCCUACGUGCAGCCGAGGGCGAUGACAGCACAGAGAUCAUCGUGCAGAUGCGACGACAGCGUCUCGAGUUCAAUAUGCACCACCGCCGCCACCACCACCUCCGCCACAUCACUGCAACUGUCCGCCUGGCCCCCCCGGUCCUCCUGGCGCCCCAGGAGCGCCUGGCCCUGCCGUCCCGCCGGGUGCACAAGGCCCACAAGGCGAAAAGGGUGAUCAAGGUGAAAAAGGACAGAAAGGGCACUAUGGCAUGCCCGGCCCUCCAGACGCCCCAUCCACAUCCUCAUCCGGCGCAACACAAGAAAACCACAACCACAACAAGAGUGAUGAUCAUCAUCAUCAUCAUUAUCCACCAUCCCAUUGGCCACAUUAUCCCCCCAGUGGAGGACAUAAAGGACAACCCACCGUACGGUCAUCCACACGGUCCGUCACAUGGAGGUGGGCACCAUAAACAUCCACAAGGUCCGUCACAUGGAGGCCACAAUGGGGAUGAUCACCACCAUCACAACCACGGAGAUGGCGAACAUAAUCAUAACCACCCACAAUCACCAUCGCACCCGCACCCGAUGCCUGAUCCAAACAAUCCGCAGCAUGGAGAACCAGAUAACGAUGGUGAUCAUCAUCAUCAUCAGAGCAAUCCUGACGCUCCCGACCACAGAGACAACGAGAGUGAAGAAAUGCCUGAGGAACUACCUCAAGUUUUAUACGAAAUUGCACCAAACAAUGUUGAAAUGGAGAGAGAUGAAGAGGUGAUUGUGUAGCCUAUGAUAGAGGUCGAAAGCUGGAAUGAAGAAAGCCAGUCCACAGAGUCUGAUCCUGCGGAAGAGCGAAGCAGCAAACGACCAAUUAUCUUAGCUAUAGGAACGCCACGAAACCCAUUUCAGCUGUACGCAUAUGAACACUACAACUCAUGAGCGUGCAGAACAUAC